CCUGCCGAAUGGUGAUUCGACCUGCGAUUGUCGCCGUGUCAACAAACGUGGGAAAAUUGCGGAUAUUUAGUGCCGGUAACGAUCGACUAGUGGGUUUGCACGGUACUGUGCUCGACGCAUUCAGUGUAGAAAGUGAACACGAAUAGUGGUGGAAAUGAAGGCGGUUCUGUUGUUACCAUUGUUGCUAGUGGCAGCGACAGCCACCCCACACCUUCUGAAGAAAAAGCUGAUAAUUUCGUCGGAUAGCGAUGCGGGUUACGGAGGUGGUGGAGGAAACGCGGGCGGAGGCUUCUCGAUCGGUGGCGGUGGUUUCGGUUUGAGCUUUGGUGGUGGUCUUUUGGGUGGCGGCGGCGGCGGCGGCAGUGGAGGUUCCUAUGGUGGAAGUUCAUAUGGUGGCGGCUCGGGGCUAUCAUCAGCUGGAGCUUAUGGUGGAUCCGGAGGAGGAGGCUACGGCGGAAAUACUGGCGGAGGAUACUCACAUGGCCAUGGUGGCCAAGGGCCUGUGACGAGUGGAGGUGGUCCAGGGGUGGUGACGUCUGGACAUUCAAAUGGAAACAGUUUCGCCAGUGCAAGUGCCAGCAGUUUUGCAAGUGCUAGCGCAGGAACUCAAGGGGGUAGCUUUGCUGGAAGUGGUGCUCCUGGGGGCGGUGUGGUUCAUGGUCCAACUGUAACUGGCGGUCAUUCUGGUUUUGAAUCGGGAGGCCAUGGUGGUGGAUUUACUGGCGGUUCAGCUGGAUAUGCACCAAGUGGUGGCCACGGCGGACAUGGCUCCGUUGGUUUUACUGGCUCAUCUGGUGGGCAUGAAGGCGCAUGGGCGCAGGGAGGCUCCAGUGGACAUGGAUUUUCUGGAAGCAGUGGAACCGGAGGAGGAUAUGGCAGUGGGGGAGUCACGAAAGAAAUUAUUAUUACAAAACACGUGGAUCGGCCGGUUCCAUCGAAGCCGAUAGUGAUCGAGAAACCCGUGCCCGUGGACAGACCGUACCCAGUCUACAUCGAGAAACCAGUUCCUGUGACGGUGGUGAAAGAAGUUCCUGUCGAUAGACCGGUUGCAGUCCCAGUUGGUGGAAACAGUGGAGCAUCUGCUGGCGGUGGAAGUUAUGCGACGGCCUUCGCAGGAGCCAGUAGCUAUGCCGCUGGAGGCAGUUACGGAGGAGCACAGGGGGGCGGAGGAAGCGGAUACGGCAGUGGUGGAUAUGGAGGGGGUGGUUAUGGUGCAGGUAAUUUUGGAGCAGGAGGCUACGGAGGCGGUGGAUCUAGCGGCGGAGGCGGUGGCCAUGGUAUCAGAAAAACGAUAACAAUUGAUAAAAGUUUCGGUAAGCCAAAGCACCAUCAUCAUGGAUGGUAAUUGAAGAUAAAAAUGAGCUUGAAAUAAUAAUAACUAUGUACCUCAGAGAAGUCAAUAAAAAACGUCACGCCUUAUGAGGAGAUGGGGAUUCUGUAAAGUGUGCAAAAUCUCCGAGAACUUAUACAAAAAUAAUGACAGGGGAAGAGUGAUUAUUGGACAUUUCCUUACUAAUCUAAAUUCAAGAUAAGUUUUGUAUAGUUGAAUGCUGUUUAGUUUGUUUUGUACAGUAAUAUUUUUAAGAAAACAAAUAUACUUAUUUUCAUGUAAUAAAAAUCAUCUGUAUA